AUGGCCAUCACAGUCACCGUUCUUUUUCCGAAUACGCCGGACGCCAAAUACGACAUCGAUUACUACGUCAACAAGCACAUGCCACUGAUCCAGACUCGUUGGGGAAAAUAUGGCGUCAAAAGCUGGUCGGCAACCAAGUUCUCGGAUGGAGUCGACGGCCCACCCCCAGUCUACGCUUUUGGGUCUAUGGUCGUGUGGGGGAAUCACGAGGAGAUGAAGAAUGCCUUUUCUGGGCCGGAAGCCAAGGAGAUUAUGGGAGAUGUUGUAAACUUUAGCAACAAAGAGGCGGUUUUUCUCAUCGGCGAGCAGCAGAUGGAAAGAAGAUCCAAGCAAACAGUCAGGAAGCAUGAUCCCAACAACAAUGAUCCAUAUCCGGUUAAAUCCCAUAGAAACGGACCUCAAUCCAAGAUACGGAAAGCUCCCAAGGUCUACGAUUACCCGUGUUUAUUUGUAAUGGCAAGAGAAAAUCCAAGACGCUCUCAACACAAGAAAGUUGCUACGCACGAGGAUCUUCCAGCUACGGAAGUGACUAAGAGUCUCGACGGGACAAAAGUAACGAGCAAACCUCAUUUUGCCUCAGGCGCCAGCUUAGCUAGUGAUGCAUCUAUUGAUGAUACACCAAGCGCACCCGCAUUUGGUCCUCAUGACAAGAUCAUCGAAGGCUCUGUACUUGGUAAACGUUCUCGUAGCGACAUAGACGAUAGAUUAGAGGAACAGGAUGUGCACGGAGAGGCUGAUAUGCUAGGAGACAACGCUUUGGACAGCUCCAUCCCAGAAGAUUCUAGGAGCUCGGGAAGGAACGAUAUUCUAGAGAAGAUGAGCCCAGACGAGACUUGUGCACGCAACAAUGGUUCGAGCGUCGAGCCAGGCAUUCUUAUGAAGAAACAUGUCAUUCUAGACCACGCCACAGCACUAAACCCGAUGGCAUCAGAAGCGCAACGCAUAACAAGCUACCAUACGUCGCCAGUCUCCAUGCGAGGUGAAGAGAGUGACUCAACGGAGGCCGUAAGGCCGACGACCGCAGACAACAGCGAAGAACCUCAGACACCGGACCCUCUCACCUGGCGCCCAGCCCACGGAGUGGCAGCGACUGGUGUCCAUUUUUUCAAUAUGCCUUUUGACGACUUACGCAAGAUGAUACUACUCCAAGCUCUCGAGCAAUCACAGAAGCGACAACCACAGUCUACCAACAAGAUUCGCGCCCUGUUCGUCUCCGCGGUAACUGAUGAGCAAACCGCACCCGAAAGUUACACGUUCGAACAUGCCAGAGUUAAGCUUCAAGCAGGCCGCAAUGCGGUGUAUGGUAUACAGCUGAAGGAGCGAAUGGCUACCAUGCGUAUAUUUGCCGCCCACGCAAAGCAGGAGCCGCGUGAGGUAAUCGAUGGGCUUACAGCAGUCGUCUACGAGGCACGCGAAGAGCUCGCUGCGGCUCAAAAGGCACUUGGUGGAGACAUUGAGACUCUUGCCAUCGUGAAGCAAGAGCUCAAGAAUAUUAUAGGCGUUUCUCUAUCGGAGCCGUAUAAUCCAGCAAUAGAAGAGGAUGCUUUGCGGCGGUACAAUAUGAUCAGCGAGAUCAACGCUGCUAUUGUCAAGUAUGGGAACAUGUGGUGGUCGCAUACUGUUCGCAAGGAGAAGGAGGUUGAGCUGGAAGAUUAG